GUGUGCAGCGCGUGCAGCGCAGUGUAAUUACGACAGUCUUUAUGCAGUCAGGAAGCGAAGCAAAGUACGGUAGGGUUGCCCAUGUCGAACAAUGACUCACUCAGGUUCUGACUGUAUUUGUAUCUCCGAAUGUACCAUUCGAUAGAAAUGAGUGUCUCCAACGCCAUUCUGUGGAUUUAUGGAAGGCAUCCGUGCCAGUGAACUUGUGAGAUUAUAUUGGAUUUUACUACAGGAAGUAACGAAAGUUUGGUGAUUUAGUUAGACGGAAGUUGCCUCCGAACACGCGACCGAUCCAGUCCAAGACGGCCCUUGGCCUUAGCUUGCCCGAGUGGAAUUCAGAGGCAACACCACCAGCGGUCCGCGGUAUCUGCAGUAGUCUGUGCAGAGAGCUUCUUUAUUUUGGCCGCAGCUGUGACGUACAGGGCGGUGGAAAACAAAAAUGGCAUCAAUGCGAAGUUUAGAUGAUAUUGAUCUCUCCAGUUUGAGGGAUCCGGCUGGCAUCUUUGACUUGAUGGAAGUAGUGGGAAAUGGAACUUAUGGACAAGUUUAUAAGGGUCGGCAUGUCAAGACUGGUCAACUUGCUGCUAUCAAAGUGAUGGAUGUCACCGAGGAAGAGGAGGAAGAAAUCAAGCUGGAAAUAAAUGUGCUGAAAAAGUACUCCCACCAUAGGAAUAUUGCAACAUACUACGGGGCAUUCAUCAAGAAAGGGGUCAAAGGUCAUGAUGAUCAGUUAUGGCUUGUGAUGGAGUUCUGCGGAGCUGGAUCUGUAACGGACCUGGUCAAAGCCACCAAAGGCAAUGCACUCAAAGAGGAAUGGAUUGCGUACAUAUGCAGAGAAAUUCUCAGGGGCCUGAGUCAUCUCCAUGCCAACCAUGUGAUACAUAGAGAUAUCAAAGGCCAGAAUGUCCUUCUCACAGAAGAUGCAGAGGUCAAACUAGUUGACUUCGGAGUUAGUGCACAGUUGGACAAGACAAUCGGGAGGAGAAACACAUUCAUUGGGACGCCAUAUUGGAUGGCCCCUGAAGUCAUCGCCUGUGAUGAGAACCCCGAUGCUACGUAUGAUAAUAAGAGUGACUUGUGGUCACUCGGUAUUACAGCACUAGAGAUGGCCGAAGGUCAACCACCUUUAUGUGACAUGCAUCCUAUGAGAGCUCUCUUUCUCAUUCCCAGGAACCCUAGACCAAAGCUAAAAUCAAAGAAAUGGAACAAAAAGUUCAUGGACUUUGUGGACAAAUGUUUGAUCAAGAAUUACCAGCAAAGACCGGAUACCAACCAGCUGCUGAAACACUCCUUCAUUAAAGACCUUCCAAACGAAAGACAGGUCAGGAUUCAGCUGAAAGAUCACAUAGAUAGGACCAGAAAGAAGAGAGUUGAGGAUCUCAGUACUGAUUAUGAGUACAAUAGCAAUGACAGUGAAGAGGAACCAGAAAUAGAAGACGAAGGCGAGCCAAGUUCCAUCCUCCCUGGACCCAGUGAGUCGACGCUCCGCAGGAACUUCCUGCGUCUUCAACAGCAGCAGCAGCAGGAGGAGGGAGGUAGAAGACGCCUGGAGGAUGGACCGUCCAAGUACCAACCCCCCGAUGCACUCCGUCCCAUUCCCAGUAGAGCCAGUCAACCUCCGUUGCCUCCCACACCAUCCAGUAGAGAGCAGGCCAAGGCGCAGGCCAGGCUUAGUCAAGCUGUCGAGGGCGACACACCCCCUACCACGCCCAUUGUGGCGGUAAGGGGGCAGGUAGCCAAAGCUCAGACUCCACUAAUCAAUGAUCUGGCUGGGAAGCCACAGGUUGCCCAAUACAGUGAUGGGAAGAAAGGAUCCACAAGACCCGCCAGCUUCCAAGGACCAGCUAGAAAUCCAAUGGAUUUGGUUGCCUUGGCUGCUCAGCUGAGCGCAAUGGGAGGAGGCGGAAAGGUGGAUGAGGACGACGAUGAUGAUGAGGAGGAGGAUGAUAUCGUAGGCGGCCCUGGCGGAGAUGGGACUAUCCCAGCGUCCGAUGCUCCAAGACCUUUACCUGGCACUCCUGGAUAUGAUGGUGACACAUUAGAAACGUUUGUUAUUAAAGAAGAUCCUAAUGCAAGUACAGACAGUGUUGAGAGUACAGAGAGCACCACAAGUUUCAUCCAGUCUAAGAAUGCACAACCUGGUUCAAGCAGAACACAGAUUGAUGUAGCACCAAACAGACAGUCGCGGGGCGUGGUGCAGCCAGGAGGGCGGAGCACGCCCCCUCAAGGUCAAGGUAGACCUAGGUCAGGGUCACCCAGGGAUUCACCCCAUGCACAGAGGAAACAAGAAGCUCUAUCACAAGGGGGUAAUAGAGGUAGCCCCUUAGGAAACAGAAGGAUUGCCAAAGAGCCUGUGAGACCAGGUAGUCUUGAGAUCAAUGCUGGUAGCAGUGAUGUUCUACCAGACCUACUUCCACAGCAGCAGAGUCCCAAGGGUGCGUCAUCAAAAUCUCAACAAGUCCCACAGGACAAGGCAUCAUCGGAAGAGUACCGACAGGCCAUACUUGCUGCAAAUGGCACAGGCAGUGGUCCAAAGACCCCAAUGCGGAAGCAGACAUCUUUUUCAGCAUUCGGCUUUGGGGCAAGUCCAACGACACCGAGCGUACCAUCGCCACCAAAUCGUCGCGGAUCCAACAUCUCGGUCAACGUAAAACCAACAACGCCCGAGAGUCUUAACGACAUGCCAGAAAUUAGAAAGUACAGGAAGAAAUUUAACUCAGAAAUACUCUGUGCUUCAUUAUGGGGCGUGAACCUAUUAAUUGGAACAGACAAUGGUUUAAUGUUACUAGAUAGAUCAGGAGAAGGCAAGGUUUAUCCUCUAAUCUCAAGAAAACGCUUCCAACAGAUGGAUGUCCUGGAGAGUCAGAACAUCCUAGUGUGUAUAGCAGGGAAGAAGAAUAAGCUACGGACAUACUUCCUCUCAUGGCUGAAACAGAAGAUAGUGAGGAACGACGGAGAGGCUACAUUGAGUCAGCAGCAGCAGACCAUGGAUAAGAGAAAGAGUGGUUUCCUUGCCGUCGGUGAUCUUGAAGGUUGCAUCCAUUACAAGAUCAUCAAGUACGAGAAGAUCAAGUUCUUGGUGAUCGCCCUCAAAGACAGUAUCGAGAUCUACGCCUGGGCUCCCAAACCGUACCACAAGUUCAUGGCCUUCAAGUCUUUCCCCAACCUUGUUCAUCGUCCAUUGAUUGUUGAUCUGACUGUGGAGGACAACCAGAGGUUAAAGGUCAUCUAUGGGUCAGUGAAUGGAUUCCAUGCCAUUGACCUGGAUUCAGCAUCGGUGCAAGAUAUCUACACACCACCUCAGGAGAUUGGCACUAUCACUCCUUACUGUGUAGUCAUCCUACCAAACUCACAGGGAAAAUACCUCUUACUUUGCUUCAACAAUGAAGGUGUAUUUGUAGAUACUCGAGGUGUUCCUUUCAAGGAUGUCAUCUUACAAUGGGGAGAGCUACCUGCUUCAGUUGCCUAUAUCAGCACUGGUCAGAUAAUGGGCUGGGGGAACAAGGCUAUUGAGAUCAGAUCAGCGGAGACUGGACACCUUGACGGCGUAUUCAUGCACAAACGAAGCCAACAGCUACGCUUCCUCUGCGAGAGGAAUGAUAAGGUGUUUUUUGCGUCGAUACGGCCAUCCAACUCCCAAGUCUACUUCCUGACCUUACGAGCAGGCCUCGGUAACUGGUAGAUCCCCACUCAAAGGACUGAACCGUGUACAGACGACCUACCAUAGGAACGAGACACUCAGAGAAUCGGUUGAGAUCCGUCAACUAUCCACUCUUUAAGAUUGUCUCUAUAUCCUCUUGGUUCGGUGCACUCCCUUUCAAACAAACACUGGCGUAAAUUCAAGCAGCGAAUCCAUCAUUUGGGGAGGGGGGGUGAUAUGUCACGUCCACCCCACCCCCUCCCCCACUUGAGUAAUGUGAUGUCGUGUAUCUGCACCAAGGCAAACCGAAAGUGAUGAAAUAUGUUAAAAUAAUUCUCUUCUUUCAAAUUGAAUACCUAUAUAUUCAAUUAGCUGAAUUUUUGUAUUGGUGUUUAUUUGCACAAUUUACACCAGUUUCAGGAGACCAAUUGAAGCGAACCUAUUGUGGAGGGGGGUGAUCUUUUGUGUCAACCCCCCCUCCCAACUUGAAUAACAUGACACCGCGUAUCUAUACCUUUGCAUACAAAAGUGAUUUGACAUGAAAACAAAUAAUGCUCCUGUUUCAAAUUGAAACCCAUAUUCUGUUUUAAGCUGAAUUGAUGUAUUGUCUGUGUUUGCACAGUUUUCACAUAUAUGAUUCAAUUCAAACAAAGUGAUUGAUCAUGAAAAAAAAUAAGUUACCUGUUGCAAAAUGAAACCUAUAUAUUCUAAUAGCCGCAUUGUUGUACCGGUUUUGUUAGCACAGUUCUCACCGCAUUCAGGUGUUUCAAUUCAAGUGUUCAAAAUGUCCACCUCAAGUGUUUAAAUUAAAUGUUCACUUGUCUUUUUUUGUCUGCUCAACGACCAUGAAAUAUUUAAUUGUGGAAAUAUAUCUGUUUUAUACAGGUAACCAUGGGGUUCCUUCUCCAUGGGACCAUUAUGCGUCCUGCUUAACUGGGAUAUGUAUAAGAUGAGGUUGAUGACUGUGUGAUAAUGGUAACAUUAUUAAUUAAUAAUAUCAAUUGAGAUAAAAAGUUCUUGUACAGCGCAUAUCACAUUAUGAUAUGGCGUCGCUGUGCGCUUCCAAAGGACUUUGACGGAUUAUGUUUCUACAAUGGUGCCAUCUGUAUCUAAUAAAAGUAAAAUAUGUCCUAAGCAACCUUGGUUAUAACCUUUUGAUGAAUGGGAUAACAUCAUUUGUAUAUUUGGUAUUGUAUGCAUGGAUGAAGCCAAUGUCUAAUAUGAAGUUAAUGGGGAGGUAUAUCUCGUUGCUUUAUGUAUAGUGUCCAGUUAAAUAUGAGAUUUUGAGACUCGUCAUUAUAUGCUAUUUAUGAUUAUUUUCAUUUUAGUUUCCCGCAGUGAUAACUCGUACUCCAAACCAACUUGUGAUUUAUUUUCCUUGUUUUUGGUUCCAAUCCUGUCAAUAAAUGGUUAUGACUUGGUUUGGCGUAUCAUUGUGUAUACAGUAUAAUUCUGUAUCAAAGCAUGCAUAUUCAUUAGGCAGUGAAUACGCAAUUUACGGUUUUCCCUACUUUAAACCACUUAGCUGUUAUAAUGUAUCACAUGUAAUGCCAAAAGAACAUUUUUCAAUCCGUGGUGAAUUUUCAGUGGGAAAACAUUUUCCUAGUACGAGAGAAAACAUGAAUAUCCAACUUGAUUGACACUAACAAUAACUUUUAUCAGAAGUCUCAAAUUGCUCAUAAAUGCGGCAUAAAAACCAUGCCCUUUAAUAGCAAAGCAGGUGUUAUGUGCUCUGCAUGUCAAGGAAUAAUUACCUGCCGCACCCCUAUUUACCUAACCUGGGUUGAGUGCAGCACAAUAUGGAUGAAUUUCUUGCUGAAGGAAAAUUAACGCCUGGAGUAGGAUUUGAAUCCACGACCGUCUGAUCGAGAUGGGGUAAUAGUGUAAAGUGUACAGUGUUAAUCUCCUAUGAUCUUUAUCUCCAUUUAUGACCCGGUUAAUAGGUGCUCGGUCAGUAUACUAUCUAGUAUGAUACUUCCCAGUUAAUGGACAAUUUUGUACAUUACGUGUGGGGAAGCCUGUAUGUGAUAACUGGGAGAAGCUUGCUUACAGUAUGUAUCUUUUAAGUGCUGCAUGUUCAUAAAUGCCUGUUUUUUUUUUGUUUUUUUUUUUUAACUCAAAGUACUAUUGUUUUCAUAUGAAGAAACAUCAUUGCUUCCGGUGGCGGAUUCAGGGUUUUGAAAGUGAGGGCUGCAAAUAUCCAAUUCUCAAUUUUCAAUUUUCUGAGAUUUUGCUAUAUAAAGGGGGGGGGGCAUUCAACCUUGUCUGGAUCUGCCAUUGGCUUGUGUAUUAAAGAUGAUGAUGCUAACUAGUAAAAGUUUUCAGAAUUUUACUUGGAUACGAUAUGUUUUUUCACUGUAUAGAGUCAGUAAAGUGUCUUUAUAUGAUGAAGAUAUACAUCUUCACACAUUAAGUGAGACAGGGUUUUCUGAAGCAAAUAAUUCAAAUUUGAUGUAAAAACAGUAGAACUUUUUAUAGUCGGUUCAUGGAUUUUAUGACUCCGCCCAUUGUUAUGCCUGGGGUAUUCAUACGUCUGUCCUGUUUUUGUUCUCGCCAUAACUGAAGAACUGUCUGAUUUGAAACUUGAUUACAAGUAAAGUAUGCAUAUGGAAGUGACAACGACUAGUUGGGGGAUAUCAGAGUCAAAGGUCACAGAUGUCAUAUUAUUCAUUGAAAUGUCUUAUUCUCACGAUAAUUGGAAACUGAGGGAUCAACUUGAAAUUAAACUUGUUCCUGAAUUCUUAUAGGAGGGUCGAUUUGAUGAUAUUGUGAAAGUUUUAUUGAAAAUUUGGGAGUUAAGUGUGCAAUAGAUUUGAAAAUGGGGAAGGCAUGAACUUCUCUUGUACACAGUUGAUAGUCCAUCUAGUUCACUUUGGUUCAAACCCUCUUUUCAAAGGCAUUCAAUUAUAUUUAAAAAUCAAAGUUCUGUGCCUGCCCCUUCACGCUCUCAAGUUUGAUCAACAUUGACUUGACUUGGAGGGGGGGGGGUGAUGUCGCUUUCAAUUUGAAGUUGGCAAAUUGACGUUAUCAUGUAUAUGUGAAUUAAAUUGGGUUACUGGUGCUUGGAUAUUAUUAAGUUUUUGAAUUUUUAUUUCCUCUCAGUUUUCUAAUAUGAGAACAAGUUUGCUUGCCAUGCUAUGGGCCUUAUUUUUUUACUCUCUUAUUUUUUAGAUAGUGUUUCCCUAAGUUUUAGAAAUCAUAUGUGUAAAAAGGCAUUAUAGAUUCCAUGUAUAUAAUGUAAUAAAGUAAACUAUAUGUAAUUCUAGUUAAACAAUGUAAGAUUGAGGAUAUUGCACUGUUUAAAUUAUUUCUUUUUAGUCUUCUUUCAUAUGUACUAGUAGAAUUUAUGUUCCUAGACCUGUCGUCCAUACAUUUCUAUCUAUUCUGUUUUCUCAACCUAGUGGAUUAUCUGAUAAAUAGACCACAUGCUUGUAGGCUAAGUAGAUAUAAAUAUGAUAAUCGCGGCUGGGAGGCAAAUGCUGUUCGCCUAAACCUCGUGGUCAAUCCAGCGGAGUUAACAGGCCUUUGAAAACCCUGGUUUGAAUGUUGACUAGGCCUGCUAAAGUUUUAAUCUACUUUCUGCCAUUUUAUUGCCAGAAUGGCUCCAUUGCAGGAAGCCUUAGAGCGACUUUAGCCAUUUUCCCUAGCAACCCCAAGUUUACAUGUAAAAGUGACAAUGUUGGUCAUAUUUUAGGCUAAAGAAGUCACAGUAUGUGUGUAGUCAUGUACAAGUAUGUUUUUAUGAAGGCAAAGGAGAACUGAAAUGUUUUAGUCCAACAUUUGAGUCUGUUUCAGAAUUCAUCAUUGUUACUACUUCAGGGUGAUAUAUAUACAUGAGUUACUAUUUCUCCAUAGGUUAAUGUGUCUUUUUAAUCACAGUAAGUUUAGGACUUUUUAAUCACUUUUCAUAUGUAUUUAUUGGAUAGUGUAGACUUUACAAGGCAUUAAUGAAUGUUGUAAUUAUCAUUUCUUGCAAGCAUGUAACAUAAUAAACCUUGAAUUUGUUCCUCUACAGUAAUUGAGUUCAUAAAUUCACUAUUGGUCCAAUUUAAUCUCUUUCUAUUCAGGAUAUUGCAUUAUUAAACUACUUCUUUUCCAUAAUGCCAUUAUUAUCUUGCUCCACAUGUUUGAGCAGGAUAAUUUUGCAGGAAUGUUUUUGCCUUCAUUGAUAAACUUGUUCUGUAAAACCUGAUUGGUUCAAGUAGUGCAUAAUUGUGCUUGCAUUAAAAGGCCAAAUUGUCACUUUUCAAAAUUCACAAAACGGUAACAUCUGUGGCUCCAAAACAGUAAAUAAAAUAGCAUUUUACCCUUUAUUUAUAAGGUUUUAAGAUAUAUAUAUAUAUCUGGUUGAAAAAUAUCUGAUUUCAUUUUUUAAUGAAAACUUUAUGGAAUUUGCAUUUCAAAAUGGUGCAAAGAUGAUGAUCAGUUUUAAAACCCAAUAGCUUGAAAUAUCCUGAUGAAAAAGGAAUUCUUUUAUUCAUUCAGUAUUUGUAAAAUAAUGAAGUCACCUUACUUCCCAGCAGUGUUUAUUUUUCUUUCUUUAUAUACAUGUAAUUGCUCUGUUGCCUCUAUUAUGUAUAGCAUCUCCCCUUAUAUCCUGUGUACAUAUCUUGACCUUCUAAAUGGACUGCGAUAAGAAAUAUCUGAACUGUAAAGUAACAUAUGUGCAUUAAUUAAACUUUAAAAAUAUAUCAUUUCAAUAUCUGGGGCAAUAUUUAUGUAUGCCACAUUUUUACAUUUGUUUUUUUUAUAAGAAAUUAAUCACAUGCAAGAAACGGGGGCUCAUCUUCGUCGGAUGGAAUUCAGAUUCGCAUCAGCUGAAUCACUUUUCAGUUUUGUAAAAUUAUGUAUAGUUUGAAAAUUCAUAUUCUUUUUUAUUCACGCGAUUUUUUUCUGCUUUUAACGCACUGCAAUUGUUAUUCGUGUAUUUCCUUUCUUUUUUGUUGUUGCUCAACUCUUAACGAGAAUGAUAUUUGUGGUGUUUCUUACUUUGGUAAACAACGGCAGUGUAUAUAGAACAGUCCAUAAAUAACUAUUACUCUUGUUUGUGUAUUUAUGUAAUUAUGUAAUGUAUCAUGUACAAGUAUGCAUAUUUUAAAACGUGUUGGAAAGAAAGUGUUCACUGGAGGAUGUGCAAAAAUGAUGAAGAAAAAAAAACGAGAACUAAUUAAACUGACGUUUGACAUUUAUACAAGGCAA